AUGUCGAAGAGACGGCCUGGGGUGACUAUCGCGAAUGCUGUGGGAUGGCAAGUUCAGAACCACGAUGGCUUUGUCAAGUCUUACAUUUCGACUAUGCGCUAUGGCCCUUUCAGUGAGCAAUGUGAGACUUGGCGGCGUAUUAGCCAAUGGUCUAGUAUGCUACGAUGUGUCAUCUUAGGCGACAGUGACCCUGUCAUCAUCUCCGACGAGUUCACUGAUGAUGUCAAAAGCAUCUUGGGACCUGCCCAAGUGAAUUUCUUGAUUUGCGGCGCAGGACAUGAUCUGCCUAUUACCAAAAGCAGAGAAAUCUUAAGGCAUCUCGUGGAAUUUUGGGAUGUGAGAUCAAAAUCCGAUAUUGAUCGUUCAGCAACGUAG